AUGCCAGCGCUAUCCCCUGAAAUCAGAUUUGAGAAUUCUAAUGUCACCAGAAAUUCCAUGGACAGAUAUUUUCUUUUUGAGAAUAGUUGGAGGAAAGCGGUUUUUGAAACACAAAAGUUGAAGAAUGAAUAUAGCCAAACAUUUGGUCUAGAAGAGCUCAGAGAACGUGUCAGAAUGCCAUAUUUACCAGGAUUGCGAACCUGCCAGAAAAGUGUGAGUUCGCCGUCGCCAUCACCGUCACCCGAAGUCCCCAGCAGACGGCGGCACGCCGACCUCCAGAUGCCUCCCGUCAGGAACAAGAAGACCAAGGAGCCCUGCAUUGUGAUACCGUUUCUGGAGAGACCCCAAGGUUCUGGGUUCAGCGAUCCCCUCGCUGGAGCGCCACCUCAUUACUUACAGAGGAUUUCCAGAAUGUCCAUGCUGGAGCAUGACACCAUUCGGCAAGAGACGGCCAUGAAGUCCAAAAAGGGUAAGAGACGAGAGCUGCGAGACUGCUGGUGA